AAAUAAAAGACGCCGAUAAUGAGAAAAAACAAAGACAAACAUUGUAGCGCCAUGUGGCACGCAUAUGAUAACCACCAGUCAUAUCCCGAAGGAAGACUCCGGAUUAGAUUAGUUAGCAAGAGAGUUAGACACUAUGCAUUGCCAUUAUUUCGUCACUGUUGUUGUGUUAUUAACCUCGGCGAGUGCAAAUACCCAAAAGAUCACACUGGAAACUUUAAACAACUACAGUGAGUUUCUCAAUUUCGGAGUGAAAAAAAUCAAACUUCCAAAAAACUCCCUCGAAAACUCCAUCAUUAAGUCCAAAGUGGACGUCCUGGGGGACAUUUUUAAGAAAAACAUCGAAACUUUCAAAAACACACAAAAGCUAGAACUCAUUUUUCUCAUCGAUGGCUCGUCGAGCGUCGGCGAAACCAACUUCAGAAGCGAACUCAAAUUCGUCAAAAAACUGCUGAGCGACGUCACCGUGGACUACAACCACACAAGGGUCGCAAUUGCCACCUUCAGCUCCUCAGUCAGCAAAAAUAUCGACCAGAUAAGCGACCCGCGAAAAGAGAACAACAAAUGCUUCCUCUUGAGCAAACUCCUCAGCAAAAUCGAGUACACAGGUGGCGGUACCAACACUUUAAAAGCAUUCGAAGUGGCAAAAGAAAUUUUCACACAGAGUCGCAACGACUCGGAAAAAGUCCUUUUCCUGAUAACUGACGGCUUUUCAAACGGCGGUGACCCCAUCCCUUUAGCCGCCGAAUUGAAAAAAGACCAAGUCAAAAUUUUCACCAUAGGAAUAGCAAACGGGAAUUACAAAGAACUGUACGAGUUAGCCUCGACCCCGGGCGAAAUUUACAGUUACUUGUUGGACAGUUUCGAAGAGUUUGAAAGUUUGGCUCGACGUGCCUUGCAUGUAGAUUUGAAAAGUGGUGAGUAUAUCCCUUUAGGUAUAAACAGCCCUUGCGCCAAUUUGUGCGACGAUGGCGACUGUUGCGAUAAAAACGCCCUUUGCACGUGUGGUACCACCACAGGGCACUACUCCUGCAUGUGCAAGCUUGGGUACUACGGUACCGGGCUCAAAAAUUCGUGCUCACCAUGUCCUGUCGGGCAGUACUCAGAUGGGCUCAAUUUGUGUCGCCCUUGCCCUGAUAUGCACCACACGACCACUCCGCCAGCGUUCAGUGUCGAGAACUGCACCUGCAAGACUGGAUACGUACCGACUAAAGAUAAUCGGUGCAAAAUACUAAAGUGUCCCAAAAUGUCGACCCCCGAGCACGGCUAUUUCGUCAAAAAGCGGGACUGUGGCAACGUUUUGAACAGUGCGUGUGGCGUGAGAUGCGAAGUUGGGUACUCUCUAGUCGGAAGUAGUAUCAGAUUGUGUCAGAAAAACGCUACAUGGAGUGGCGAUAAACCAUCAUGUCAAGUGAAAACAUGCACGAAACUGCCACCUCCAGCUUAUGGGUCAAUGAUAUGCUCGCACAGCGAUCUCGGAGUGACUUACAACGAAACGGAGGAAAACCUCCCAGUGGACACAGUUUGCACGUUCACUUGCCAAGACGGCAAAACCCUGAUUGGUUCAAGCCAACGCACCUGCCUGCCAUUAGCCCGGUGGGACGGCCUUAAGACUUCAUGCAAACAAAUCAAGUGUCCCAAGCUACCACCGGUCAAAAACGGGCGCGUCGAGCCCAAAUCGUGCACCAUAGGCAAACAACCCUAUGGCAAAAAAUGCAAAAUUUCCUGUAACCCGGGCUUCGUCCUGGAAGGCCCACCGGAAAAAACCUGUACCAGCAACCACGGCCUAUGGGACUCGAAAUUCGAGAGUACCGUUUGCAAAGACAAGGAACCGCCGGAAAUAACGUGCCCGCAAAAUAUCACAGCGAGCACCCAACCGGGCAAAAAUUUCGCCACUGUCUCGUGGAACCACCCCCAAGUUAGCGAUAACGCCGAAUUGGAAGUUUCAGUGUGGAUGAAACCGAGCAUUAGGGAUGUUGGGAGUUACAAGUUUCAGAUUGGGGAGACCCAAGUGACUUAUUUCGCGCAGGAUGCGUUUCAUAAUCGGGCCAAAUGUAGCUUUUACGUCAUAAUUAAAGAUGAGGAACCACCGGUUAUUGAUAGCUGUGUGAGCCCACCGACGUACCUCACCAAUGAGAAAGGGGGGGCCAACAUCACGUGGGACGAACCAAAUAUUUUAGACAACUCACGGAAUGUCCAAAUCAAGCAUAGCCACGACUUCGGGUACUUCCCCCUUGGUACGACCACGGUAACCUACACCGCAACCGACGCGUCCGGGAAUCGCAACUUUUGCUCAAUUAAUAUAACGGUUGAAGAGGCUCAAUGUGAGGCUUUGUUGGACCCGAUUUAUGGCCACAGCGAGUGUUCAUCGCUCAAUGACGGUAUGCAAUGUGUCAUAACGUGUCAGGAGGGUUACGCAGUACCACUUUCACAACCGCACGAAACUCCAGAUGAUAAUUCCACACGUUUUAUGUGCAAUAAUUCAGAUUCGGUUUGGUACAGUCAGGAGGACUUGAUGUUCCCCGAAUGCUCGGUGACGGAAAUACCCAACGAAAUUGAACAAAACGGCACCGUUAGUGUUGAAUCAGACAUUGAUAAUUGCAACAACACCGAAAAAAUUAAUGAUCUCGAAAAUGAUAUCAAAAUAACACUCCAAGAAACAUCAUGCGAGGAAAACUGUACCGUGAACACUGACACGACCUGUGUUGACGAUCCGGAAGAAGAAAAAACAAACAUUAUUAAAAGAGAGACAACUGAUGAAGUGCCACAUCGAAGACGUGGCAAGAAAAAACGCAUCAACGUCAAAUUUCAAGUCAAAGGCAAAAAUGUGAAUCACACCCAAGAGACGCAAAACAUCAACUUAGGGUCACACAACAUUUCCAUCCAUUACAACAAGCCGAAAUUUUUCUGCCCUCCUGGUUUCGUUCCGCGGAAAGGCCGAUGCGUGCAAUGUCCCAAAGGAACGUUUCACAACACGACCCGAAACCGGUGCCAGAGCUGCCCUUUUGACACCUUCAGCGACAAAUUGGGCCAAAGCCUGUGUACCCCAUGUCCGAAAAAUCACUCGACUCGCAAGGUUCACUCCAAACAAAUCGGCGAUUGCAAAGAACAGUGUCCUCCGGGAACCCACGCUCGCAAGAAGAUCUUCCGGCAGUCGAGGCGAAAUCCGAGUGUGACAAUAGAGCGGGCGACUUUGCGGCCCUAUUGCCGCUCCUGUCACGUGGGCUUCUACCAAUCGGAGUUCGGGCAAUUGAGGUGCAUACCCUGCCCAAAAGGGCACACCACGCUGGCCCCCAAAGCCACCAGUUUCAGGCAAUGUGUGCCAACAGCCGCGGAAAUGUGUGCCAAAAACCCCAGCAUUUGUAACGCCGGCAAGUGCGUCCCCAGUAAUGAGUUUCAGUACACGUGUGAUUGUCCCGAGGGUUACAUAGGGUCUCAUUGCGAGCGCAAGACGCGAAUUUGUGACUCAAACCCGUGCUUUAACAACGGAAUUUGCCAAGAAGUUAAAUCAAACUUCGUGUGCUUGUGCCCUAAAGGCUUCACCGGUCAGUUGUGUGAGGAAAAUGAGGAGAAGUGUUUGCUGAUUUGUUUAAAUAACGGCACGUGCCACCGUGACGAACCCGAUGAUUAUUUUUGUUGGUGUCCCCCGGGAUAUGGGGGCGAAACGUGCGAAAUAAAAUUAAACUACUGCAGUACAAAUAUUUGCGAGAAUAAUUCGACCUGUGUUGACGAACUCAACGGCUUUAAGUGUCACUGCUCGGAGGGUUUUAUCGGGAAACGGUGCAAUAUUCUGCCUUGUGAUUACAAGCCGUGUCAAGGGAACGGCAUCUGUGUGAAUAUUAUGGAGGCAAAUGCCACCAAAAGUAGCUACAACUGUGUGUGUCCGGAGGGCUACACGGGUAAAUACUGCGCCCAAAAAAUUGACUAUUGCCAAGACAGCCCGUGUUUAAACGGGGGCACUUGCUCGAGCCAAACCUCUUCGUUCGAGUGCGCCUGUCCCCGAUUUUUCUACGGUAAAAAGUGCGAGUUUCAGCGCAAAUCCGACUACGUCUUACACUUUCAAAAAUUUUCCACGACCGAUUAUAUAAGACUGAACGGUUUCGAGCAAAACCUGACCCAAAUCUCGGCCUGUCUCUGGCUCCAAACUAAGGAUAACUUCAAUUACGGAACACUCCUUUCUUACGCAACGAAAAAUUACGAUAACGCGUUCACUCUAACGGACUACACCGGACUUGUGCUGUACGUAAACAACCAAUACGCCGUCACUGAUGUUUUGCUAAACGACGGCUUAUGGCACCACUUGUGUGUCACCUGGACCAGCCAUAAAGGCCUUUUCGGGCUCUAUGUUGACGGCAAAAUGAUCAAAAGUGGUCCCGGACUCGCCACCGGAUCCGAAAUCGCAGGCGGCGGGAACAUGGUCAUAGGCCAGGAACAGGACAUACUAGGGGGGCAUUUCAGCCAAUCAGAGACUUUUGUGGGCCGUAUGGCCUACUUUGACGUUUGGUCCAAACAAUUGACCGUCGACGAGAUUCAGUCACAUAUGACAGACUGCCACGAAGUGGCCUUUGGCGAUGUUUUUGGCUGGCCUGAGGCGCAAAACCACGUCGAAGGCAACGUCAAAAUCGAAAAUUCCACGUUUUGUGCCAAGUGCGAAGACCCUAAACCGGUCUAUAACGGCAUCAUCAACAUAGCCGAUAACGUAGCCUACUAUGACUGCUACGAAGGCUUCUACUUGAGUCAUGAGGCGUACAAAGAGGGGCGCAAGUGCACUAAAGCGGCCAAAUGGGAGGGAAUAUACGAACCCUACUGUAAAAGGGUAUACUGUGGUAACCCUGGCUACGUCCGGAACGCCUACUCGAUCGGCACCAAAUAUUAUUUCGGCGAAAGUGUAACCUAUCGGUGUUACGAUGGUUACAAUUUGAUGGGCAAUGGUACCAUCAAAUGUACGGAAAAUGGUACUUGGUACCCCGAUAAACCCACGUGUGUGGGCCUCCAAUGUACAGCAUUCAAAAAACCGGAAAAUAGCAAUUUGACCAUUUUUGCGGACCAUAGCUACGAGGAUUUCGUUGAAAAUGAAUCAACUUUUGAUGUUGGCACCCAGGUCGAGGUUAUUUGCGACCCCAAAAGCAAUAUUUCGGGCGAGAAUGUGAUCACGUGCCAGGAAAAUGGGACUUGGGACUUUGAGCCGCCCAAAUGUCUCAACAGUGUAACCCUGAGCUGUGAUGUCGCUAAAGUCCCCACGGCCCCUGAUAAUGGAUACGUGAUUCUCGAAACGUUGUACGAGGUCGGGAACGGCACUGGUGAUACAAUUUUCUACAAGUGCCGCACUGGUUAUAAGUUACUUGGGGAUAAUUCCACGUCCUGUAUUAUCGACGGGUACUGGACUGAACCCAACAUCACUUGCAGGCCGGUCGACUGUCCCACCCCAAAAUACCACAACAUGGUGGUAAAAACCGAACCCGAUCAAAACGGAAAGUACCAUUUCGGGAAUAUGGUAAAGUUUGACUGUAUCGAUGGGUACAAAAUUUUUGGCGAUGGUACGAUCCGAUGCCUGGCUAAUGGGCGAUGGAGUCGAAUGCGAGCCAAAUGUUCCAAAAAAUCCUGCCGCAAGCCUUCAGUCAAUGAGGCCACGAUCAUUGUUGGAAACUCUUAUCUUUUCGAAGAUCAAGUGACACUGAUUUGUCCCAACAAAGGUCAAUACGUCUUGACCUGUGACAGCACAGGCACGUGGAUAGGAGAUAAAGAUAAGACUUGCUAAACUUUAUCAAAAGAUUUAUUAAAUGUAGAGAUAUCGAAUAAAUGCUUUACGAGUUA